GUAGUGAAGCCAAGAGGAGGCACAGAAACCGAAAACACAUGCCAAGAGGAGUACUUAUCUCUUCUCACCGGUAUUAUCAAGAAAAAGAAUGAUGGCAUGGAGGGAUGCGUAGAGUUCAAAUGGAAAACUCUUGGAGAUGGUCGAAGAGCAGAGCUAUGUUUCACAAACCUUUGGAUGGAGAUGCUGACAGUGAUCCACAUGAUGGCUGCUUUGGCAUUGACUGAAGCUAACUCUCUCAUGAUUCCAAGGGCUUGCUCUGAUUCUAGCAAUAGCGUCCGUGUGGUCUCUAGUGAUUGCAGGAGAGAUGCGGUUGACUUGCUGCUCAAGGCGUCUGGAUACUUGGAGUUCUGUAUCCGAGAGAUAUUAACUCGCUUUCCUCCUGAUAUAAAGUGUAAAUUGCCAGAUGACAUGCAGGAGAGUGUUUUACAAACUCUCUCUAUCCAAGCACUUGGACAGGGAACUGAGAUUCAACUAGGAUUAGCAGUUGAUAGCAAGAAAGCAACACUCUCUGUGAAGAGGAGACUUGCCUGUGAGCAAGUCAUCUACUUCUCUCAGGCAUAUCAAUGCUUGUCUGGUUGUGAAGUAGUCAGCCAUGGAUGCGCCAAAAAGCUUCUCCGGUUUAUCUACUGGAAGUUUCUUGAAGCAAAGGCUGCGGCAUACUACUACCAUGGACUGGUAAUAGACAAAGGAAACGAGCCAGCUUGCCAUGUGAGCGCGGUGUGCUGUUUCCUUGCAGCUGCAGAGCUCCUAGCAGAAAGCAAGAAGGCUUGUUUCAGCUUCUGCUUAGCUCCUCCUGUCACCAGGGCUCCUCCUAUGUGGGGUGUUAUGAAGCAUUUGAGCCAGAAGAUUCCAGAAGUUGCUUUUAGGAAAUCUCAAACGUAUGGAUACUUGCUUGAAGAAGAAGAAAAGGCAAUGCGGUGUUUACCAGAGCUCCCAGACUUUCAAUUGUCAUUGAGACCAGAAGAGUUUGAGCUACCUGAGAUAGAAGCGGGCUCUUCUGAAGGAAACCAAACUCAUUUGCUUAGUGAACAUCUCGAAGACUACUCUGAUAAUCAUGAUGAUGAAGAUGAUGAUGAUGAACUUGAUCAUUGAG